AUGGAGGCGGACUUGAUACCAGGAUUGCCCGCCGAUAUUGCUCUGGAAUGCCUCCUCCGGCUCCCCUUCCAUGCCUUGGCCGGCGCUCGGUGUGUUUGUAAGCGAUGGAGGCAAAAAAUCACUUCUCCGUCUUUCUACGGCCUCCGAAAAGCCGGCGGUCACGCUCGCCCUCUUAUUGCACUCAUUCAAUGGAAUCCUUCUGGAGGCCCUGGCUACAAGAACCUGAACUUGUUCGAGCCGAUCGCGGGCGUAUGGACCAGGCUGGCCGCCGUCCCUGACUGCUCUAACUACUGCCAGGUGGCCGCCGUAGGGCACGAACUCGUAGUGAUAGACGGUGGCAGGCCUCCCACCGGCACAGUCCACGUGUACAAUUUGUUGACCGGCGUCCGGCGUCGAGGGGCGACUAUACCGGGCCCACGGAGGACUGCCUUCGCGUUCGCCGCCUCAGCAGAGGCACGGAUGGCGUACGUGGCCGGGGGAAAGAACGAGCACGGAGAGUCGCUGCGGUCGGCUCUGGCCUACGACGUGGCGGCGGACGCGUGGGUGCGGCUGCCGGACAUGGCGCUCUCUCGGAAGGAAUGCAGGGGGAUCUUCGUAAACGGAGCGUUCUGCGUAGCCGGAGGCCAGGAGAUGUACCACUGGACCUCUGAGGUGUUCGACGUCGCGGCGGGGCGAUGGACGGCGAAGCAUGGGAUGAUUCUGGAGGAAUCGUUGAUCAAUCCGUUUAUGGGAGCGGCGGCGGCGGCGGCGGAGAGCAGGUUGUACAGGUGCGGCGGGAAAGUAGAAGUGGAUGUCUGCUCGGGCAACGGCGGCGAAGGCGUAGGUGGGUGGAGGAGGCUGAGGGUGGUUCCAGAGAAGCUAAGUUGGUUACCUGCACAUGUGGCGGCUGAGAACGGCGGGGUGAUGGUGUUGGGAACCUCUCUGGCACGGCGAAUUCCGUGCAUUUUGGAGGAGGGGAAGUGGCGGCAGGUGGUGAUUCCGACGGAGUUCGCCGGCCUUGUCCGGUCGUUGUGCGCCUUCCAACUUUAG